AUGGCUCAGGCGAGCCCCGACCCGAUCGUCUUCACGAGGGUGUUUGUGCCACUUGACCUGCUGGAAGGAGACAGACGACUGGAGAAUCUCCGAUCCCGAUCCGGAACCCCUCCGCCGGCCGUUCCCAAGUCAAGUCAGCUGGCCGUUCUCGAGUCAAGUCAACCAGCUGUUCCCAAUUCAAGCCCUCUGGCCAAUCAUGUGGCAACUCCACCGGCAGUGCCAGCUCCUGGAAAGCGCCUUGCUUUGCCUGCUCCUUCAGAGUGCCCUCCAGUGCCAGCACCUCGUAAGUGCUUCCCUGAUCCCCAGUUAAGCCCAGGGAGGGCUCCUGAUUCCGCGUUUAGCCCAGGGAGGGCUCCUGAUACCUCGUUUAGCCCAGGAAGGGCUCCUGAUCUCCAGUUGCACCCACGAAGGGCUCCCGAUCCCCAAUUACGCCCAGGGAGGGCUCCAGCCCCAGAGCUUGCUCCUCCAGAGCUCCCUCCGGUGCCUGCUCCUCAUAAGUGCCUUCCAGAACGCCCUCAAAUCCCCACUCCUCCAGAGCCCCCUCAAGAGCCCGCUCCUACAGAGUGCCCAGCCGAUCCAGCUCCUCCUGAGGGACGCCCAGGAUUCCUAGAUUUCCCCAAGAAGAUUUGUGUGGGGUGGGGGGCAUAUAAUGAACUGAACUGCCUGCUCCGCCAUGGCUCCUGGAGCUCCCUGAUCCGACCCUGCAGGCUCUCUUUUUCUCCGACCUGUUCCUGUCCUGCAUCAGCCUCCAGGGUGCAUGCCCUCCCUCACCGAUGUUACUGUUACGGUGCGGGAUGCGCCUUCCGGGGGAGGUGAUAUCUGUCACAUGUCAGUUUCUGUUUAGUUCCUGUCUGUCCUUAUUUGGUUCUUUUCCUGUUCUCAUUAUGUAAUUGUCCAUUCUGUUCACCUUUGUUGUAUUAAUCAUUUAUUUGCUCCUUAGUUUGCCUUCCUUUAUAAGCCCUGUUUCUGUAUCAUCUUUGUCUUGGAUUAAUGUUAGUUUAAUGGUCUAAGUGUUUUGAAGCUAAUUAAAUACCUUCUUCUCUUAUACUUCGUGUC